UUCAUAUAAAAAGCUUUUUUGUAGCCAAGAACUCAUGGUAUGUGCCUAUACAGAAAACAGGCUUUGCAAAAUAAACCUACCCAAAGAAGUGGCCUAUUAACCGUGAUAAAACGUGUGACAACUAGCCCCGGUGUCCCCUAUAUUUCAUAACGCACUAGACACAACCUACUUCCAAGACCCAACUAAUCAUGCGUGAUCAUCCAUACACUGCAAUAGAUGGUCACUUGUUACCUCACUAGCUCUUGGCUCGCCCAUUUUGCCUUCCUACACAUGCUCAACCCAGAAGACACUCUCUCCUUGUGGUCAACCCCACUCCAUCAGCUGUCAAGCGGAUUACCUAAAGCCUGAACAGACCAAGCGGCUGCUUUGGCAAUGGUGCUGGUGGUAAAAUGAGCACCAUUUAAUGUGGGAGACAUUUAGACGGCGUCCAUAGUAACCGACAGCACCUGCAAACAGAGGUAAACUCCGUUGUCAUCUUUACCUUGAUGCUGCAAAGGAUGAAGUACAGAGGAACCAAACAAGCAUGUCGGGAAUAGAAGCGCAAAGGACACAGAAAACGCUGAAGUAGGCGCACCACACCUUUUUUGCGUUUUUCUGAGCCUAUAGACUGCAAACCGGUGUGUACGCUGCCCUACAGUCGUGUUUCAACACUGCGCACCCAUGCUCUUAUUUCAGCUGCGAAAGGACAGCCGAUGGACAAUGAUGUCAGUGCUGUGGACUUAGUGGAGGCUCUGAACACUAGAACUUUAAGGGGCCGUUCACACCGAACGCGUUUUUGAAUCCGUCCGCGCUGUUUUGUAAUCAUUUUCCUACGUAAACAUGCGCUAGACAGCCGAAUAUGAACGUUGCGUUUUUUCAGCAUCUCGCGCAGGAGCGCCGCGGUUUUUAAACGCAGUAUCAGCUUCAACUGUUACAACGCGUCUCGAGACCCUUGUGUUCUGUUAUAUUCGUUGCGCCACGUUGUUGUUUUAUUCAGAAUCUCGCGCAGGAGAGCCGCGUUUUUAGACGCAGUGUCAGGUACACAAAUAACGUAAGCUGUUAACGUGUCUCGAGACACCUGCGUUCGGUUAUAGUCGCUGCGCCUCGUCUCGCUGUUUAUUUUUGUUUUUUCCGGCAUCUCGCGCAGAAGUGCCGCGUUUUUUAGACGCCGUGUCAUGUAAACAAAUAAUGGGAACUGUUAACGUGUCUCGAAUCGCUGUUUUUUCUUUUCUUCAGCAUCUCGUGCAGGAGUGCCGCGUUUUUUAGACGCCGUGUCAUGUAAACAAAUAACGGGACCUGUUAAAAACGUGUCUCGAAUCGCUGUUUUUUCUUUUCUUCAGCAUCUCGUGCAGGAGUGCCGCGUUUUUUAGACGCCGUGUCAUGUAAACAAAUAACGGGACCUGUUAAAAACGUGUCUCGAAUCGCUGUUUUUUCUUUUCUUCAGCAUCUCGUGCAGGAGUGCCGCGUUUUUUAGACGCCGUGUCAUGUAAACAAAUAACGGGACCUGUUAAAAACGUGUCUCGAAUCGCUUUUUUUUUCUUUCCAACAUCUCGCGCAGGAAUGCCGCGUUUUUUUAGACGCUGUAUCAAGUAAACAAAUAACGUAAACUGUUAAAAACGCGUCUCGAGACACCUGCGUUCGGUUAUAUUCGUUGCGCCACGUCUCGCUGUUGUUGUGUUUUUUGUUUUUUGUUUUGUUUUUCUCAGCGUCUCGCGCUGGAGCGCCGCAUUAUUUAGACGCCGUGUUAAAAAGAUCGUCAACUUUUAAAAGGCUUUCGGUACCGUAGAACUGCUGUGGAGCUUUAAUUGCAAACAAACAAGGCAUUUUGCGUUUCAGUUGACGUUUAACUUAAACUGGCUACUCUGGAGAAUAAGUCGCUGUGUAAUCGAAGGAUGUGAUAGCCUGUAUGUACGCAUGUUGUGUUAAAGUUGGCACUGGCUUCUAAGAAUAUGGUUGCUGUCGGGCAUCGGUUUAACUCCACGAUCCAUUAUGCUGUCCACUUGGCACGCUAGUCAACCUUGACGCCACCGAAAUGCUGCCGGGCUCGAUUCAGAUAACGGGAGAGGCGCUGUCCGGUGCUGAAAUCAAAGAUAUAUGCGACAGUCUGAAAGAGAACAGUGUGCGGCUUCUGUCUGUACGCGGUUGUCAGCUGUCCGAUCGAGACUUCGGCCGUGUGUGUCGCGGCGUUUCAGAGUCGCAUUCUCUCGCACAACUGAACCUGAACCUCGGUGUGGUGUCCACCAUCGGCCGGACGAAGCAGCUGGCAGAUGCGCUGAAGGCCAACAGAUCCAUCCAGACACUCUUUCUCCAUGGGAGUCCACUGUUAGAUGCAGGACUGGUCACUCUGAACGCAGCUCUCUCCACUCACCCCUCACUGGUGUCAUUGGACUUGGGCGACUGCAUGCUGGGUGAUGAAGCUGUGCGUCUCAUUUGUGGCAUGCUACCUCCGGAUGGAGCCAAAUCAGGGCUUAAAGAGCUUACACUGAGCGCCAACCCAGCCAUCAGCAGCCAGGGUUGGGCUCGACUGGCCAUCGCCGUGGCUCACAGCUCACAGUUACGGGUCCUCAACCUCGACUACAAUCCCUUAGGGGAUCACAUUGCUGGAAUGUUGGCUGUCGCUGUUGCAUCCAGUCGAACUCUGGAAGUUCUGGAUUUGGAGGGAACUGGUCUCAGCAAUCAGUCAGCACAGGUCUUCCUAGACAUGGUGGAGAACUACCCCACCAGCCUGCGUGUGCUGGUUCUGGCAGAGAAUGACAUCAGCCCUGAGCUACAGCAGCAGAUCUCAGAUCUGCUCUCUGAAGGAGAGGAAGAGGAAGAUAAAGACGGAGAAGCCCGCGGAAGCUCGGUGGCCCCCAGAGAGAAACCGGCCUGGGUUCCCCACAGCAUAACUGCUUCUAAGAGGCUGGGGAACAAGGGAAGUACAGAAACUCACGUUUCUUAUGCAAUAUUUAGGAGAGAUCCGAUACUGUUUAUGAAAUAGAGAUUUCUAAUAAUGGCCAGGUUGCGAGUUGUUCUCUCUCCUGUAUAUCCUGAAGUCAUUAGAUUUAAGUAAAGCUAGAAUUUUAAAGGAACGGUUCACCCAAAAAUGAACUUUCUGUCAUUAUUUAUUCACCCUCAUGUCAUUCCAAAACACUGUUGAACACAAAAGUUUUUUUUUAAGGGAAAGAAUUUUCAAAGAAUAUCUUGGUUGCUUUAUUGCCACAUAAUGAAAGUAAAUGGAGACUAGGGGUCUGUCAAGCUCCAAAAUGACAAAAAGAAGGACUAUAAAAGCAUCAUUAAAGAAGUCCGAUGAUCCCUGAGCUCUGCGUAGGACAUCAAUUUGGCCAUGUAUUUUCAACAGUGUUUUUGCAGUAUUUUUUGUCCUUUUCAGAGCAGAAGGUAAGAUGAUCAGUGAAUAGCAGACUAAAUUAUCAUCUUAAAUUUGAGUCUGUUACUCACACAAAGCUAUCGUAUGGCUUCAGAAUACUUGGAAUGUAGCACAAAAGUCAUAUGGACUACUUUUAUGGUGCUUUUUUAUAAUUUUGGAGCUUGACAAUCCCAGUCUCCAUUCACUUUCAUUAUAUGGAAAAGAACAAAGCAAAUUCUUCAAAAAAUUCUCCUCUGUUUCACAGAAGAGAGAAAGUCAUACAGGUUUGGAACAACAUGAGGGUGAAUACAUGAUGACAGAAUUAAAAUUUUUGGGUGAACUAUCCCUUUAAGGAAGAAUCUUUAGUGGAAAAAGACUAGCAGUUCAGAAGUGGUUUAGCCUUUUUCCUGGCCUCUUUAGAAGUAUUUCAAACAUUUACCAAAUUGUCUCUGAACCUUACAGACUCAUCCAGCUCCCAGAUGGUCCUGAUGACAUCAGGACUGGGUGAGAGCUUUUUGGCAGAGACAGAGAUGUGAUACUGGAGCUGCCUAUGUUUUGUGUUUGCACUGUCCGACUGCUGCAAGACCUCCAGUUAGCGUGCAACCUCUAACACCGCAUGACCUGUAGCACUUAGCAGAAGACAGUUCGAAGCUGGAGCAACAACCUUAACACCAAGUGACUUAUAAUACGCAAUAGUGAAUGAUUUAUUUUACAGAUAUACAGUCUAUUUAUAAAUAAGUGUUUAACCGAUAACAGUAUACUCAGUUAGAUCAGCUGUAUAUGGUUGAUGUGAUGGCCUGAUGUCUGAAUAAAUAUGUUUACACCUU